UCCAUAUUUGUUAAGUACGGUGACUGCUGUAUUUCAGUAAUUUAUAUCAUUCCGACAUUAAUCGUUGACGUGUAAUGCCAGUAUGAGGUGUAAAAUUAAUAAUUGUGUGAAAGUAUUGAUUUAUUUCAUAAUAUCAAUAUUACAAUGUGAAGCUUUUGAUACUACAGAGAAUCCAGUGAUAACGCUAGAAAUAGGGAAGGAUACAAACAACAUAAAUACGUACUACGUUGAACAAAAUAAAAGUUUACAAAUAAUAUUUAAAAACAGCCACGCUGGUCAUGUAAGGUGUUAUAAUAUUAACAAAAAUUAUGGAACUACGUUUAUAGAAAAGGAAUUUCCAAAUAACGAUAAGGACAGUGUCAUAAAUAUUACAAGUGUAACUCCUGACAUGAGCACAGAAUGGUCAUGCGUACCUCUACAGAUAUAUCAUGGAGGUGCAACGUAUUAUUUUAAUCUCCAUGUGAAAGGAGCUCAAUCUGUAAUUGUAUCAAUAAACGGAGACUCCCUGAAUUUCACUAAAACGGGUUUAAAUGUGCAACACGAUGGCGAGACCUUCUUUUCCUUCAUUGAAAAUCAAAAUAUUGAACUCGUAUGCGCCAAUAUUGACGAAGAAUGUCAAGUGUCGUUGGAAUAUUUUAACCAAAAUGGAGAAAAGAUAGUCAAAAUACCACCAAAAGGUAAAACGAGUAUAUUGUUCCAAACCAGACUAACUUCGAAACAAGACAAGUUUUAUAUCGACUGUAUUUGUCACACAAACAAUAAAUAUCUAGAAUACCGAUACAGAACUUACUUUUAUAAACAAGAAUUGCACUACAACCCAGAUAAACAAGACAACACAUUGAUAGUAACAGUGAACGGAUUGUUGGAACGCUACGUAAGAAGGACUGGUUCAUAUUUUGACUAUCCGAUAUUCAAAUAUGUAGACGGAGAAAUGAUCAUCGUCACUUGCGAAGCUAAACGACCGUAUUCAAGUAUUCCAUUACAGUUUUAUUUUGACAAAGAGCAAGUAAAUUUUGACAAAGGAAUCAAAGUUAAGAAAAUUGAUGACAAAAUAGUUGCUACUAUAAAUUCGUCUGCUGUUACCCUGAACAAGAAAACUCUUUCAUGUGGAUUUAAUAGUAGAAGUGAGAAGGAAGAAUAUGCCAGGAUAACAUUCGAGUCAGAUGUUGCAGCUGGCACGGUAAGGGUGUUCGGUCUGGCCCGAUCAAAUAUUCUGUACCAGUACCGUAGCGGUGACGUGUGGACCACCGUCUACCAAUACUCGGUAAACGAAACUAUAAGCUUGGGAUGUGUUCAGUGUGCCUUGCCUUUUACAAUCUAUAAAUUUAAAUGGAAUUUUAAUGGUAAUGAUCAAUGUUUGAAUGACUCCAUGUUCCUUGAGAUGUUGUAA